AUGACGAAGGAAGUCAGCAACGAGCUAUCUGAACAAACACAGCUGUUUUAUCCUACGAGUGGAUUCGACGAAACUACAAGCUGUUCGGGUCUGAUCAGACCUGUCCUGGAAGAAAACGAGACUUCCGUCAUGUAUCCAGUCCUAGCAAAAGCACCACUUGGGGAAGGACAAGUGGUUGGAUACCUGUAA